CCGGUUUCUCUCCCUAUCUCAGGUCACUCCCUCCUCCGCGCUGUCAGCAGCAGCUCCUUACGCGGUUCAAACUUAGCUCUUUCCCUCCGAAUCUGCUCCGUCGUCACUUUUCUUUAUUUGUCGCCUGUUUUUUUUAAAGCUAUAAACUGUUUUUAAUCGUUUGUUUGAGGACUGUGACGCGAAGACUCGCGGAAGGGAGGACUUGUCGAGUUUUCUUCGCCAGCAGCAGUUGAAGAGCAGCGGGGGGAGAUGACCAGCUGAGGACUGGAAAUCUUAAAAAAAACACGGGGCCUGUUUCUGUAAUGAUUGAUCAAUGCGGCCACAAUGGCGUUAAAGGCACAAGUUUUAUAUGACUUCGCCGCUGAGCCCGGCAACAAUGAGCUGACAGUGAAAGAAGGCGAGACAAUCACUAUCACCAAUAAGAGUAUCGGAGGCGGUUGGAUCGAAGCACAGAACUCAAGAGGAGAGGUUGGACUGGUGCCUGAAGAUUACAUUGAGUUCAAAAAUGAAUUUCCUGCAUUCCCAGCAGCAUCGACGGCACCCCCUUCAAAUGCAGGGAACGCCGCAUAUCCGGACCUUUCUGUCUUUGAUGCAUUUGCACCUUUAUCAACACCUGCACAAAACCAGGUGGAUUCUGGGGCUUUGAGUCCCGUGCCAGACACCCCAGACACCCCAGUUACCCCUUUCUUCCCAUCCCCCGAGGAGGCCAGCAAUGGUAAUGAUCCCUGGUCAACGUGGAAUGCAGACCCUUCAGGGGGCACAAACAACAACUGGGCGUCUAAUCCAGAGGGCACUCAGACUGGGAAGAGUGCUCCUGACCCCUGGGGCAAUGUAUCACAGGGUCACCCUCAGGCUUACCAAGGUCCAGCCAAAGACAUCUACCCAUAUCCUUACCUUAUUGAUUACACAGCGGCAGAGGAUGAUGAGUGGGACGAUGAAUGGGAUGACAUGAAAUCAAGUGCCGGCUACGCAGAAUCAGAAUCUGGGGAAGCCGGCGGAAUACAGAGAGGAGGAAUGCAUGCUUCGUCGAUGAAAAUAUCCCUCAAUAAAUUCCCAGGAUUCUCCAAGUCUGGUCCUGAGCUCUACCUUCUUUGCAAACAGAUUGCGAAAGGGAAAGACAAGCUGUCAAUAUACGUGGGCGAGGUUGGUCCUGUGUGGUCUUACCCAGAAACCCAGAUAGACUGCAUCGUAGCCGAUCCCAAGAAAGGGUCCAAGAUGUACGGCCUCAAGAGCUACAUAGAGUACCAAAUCACACCCAAUACAACAAACCGACCUGUCAAUCAUAGAUACAAGCACUUCGAUUGGCUCUAUGAGAGACUCCUGGACAAAUUUGGGUCGGCCAUUCCAAUUCCCUCUUUGCCAGACAAGCAGGUGACAGGGCGUUUUGAGGAGGAGUUUAUUAAGAUGCGCAUGGAGCGGUUGCAGGGUUGGAUGUCCAGGAUGUGCAGACACCCUGUUAUUUCUGGCAGCGAUGUGUUCCAGCUUUUCCUCACAUACAAAGAUGAAAAGGACUGGAAGACGGGGAAGAGAAAAGCGGAGAAAGACGAGACGGUUGGAGUGAUGGUCUUCACCACAAUCGAGCCAGAAGCUGCAGACCUGGAUCCGUUAGAAGUGGAGCAGAAAUGCGAGCAGUUCAGUAAGUUUACCAAAGCCAUGGACGACAGCGUGAAGGAAAUCCUCACUGUGGGAAACGAGCACUGGAAGAGAUGUACAGGACCUCUGCCAAAGGAAUACCAGAGAAUAGGAAAAGCCUUGCAGAACCUCUCUACAGUCUUCACAAGCAGUGGAUACCAAGGUGAGUCGACUCUAACCGAUGCCUUGACGGCGGCUGGAAAGACCUACGAGGAGAUAGCCCAGCUGGUGGCAGAGCAGCCUAAGAAAGAUCUUCACUUCCUCAUGGAGACCAAUAAUGAAUAUAAGGGUCUCCUUGGAUGCUUCCCAGAUACCAUUGGGGUCCAUAAGGCAGCUAUCGACAAGGUGAAGGAAGGGGACAAGCUGGUGGCUGCCAACAAAAUUACCACUCAGGACAAACUAGCCAUGUCGAAACGUCUCAGCACCAUGUCUUACACUUUACAAGCUGAAAUGAACCACUUCCAUAGCAACCGUAUCUACGACUACAACCGGGUCAUGCAGCAGUACCUGGAGGAGCAAGUCAAGUUUUACGAGACGAUUGCUGCAAAGCUGAGACAAGCUCAUGGUCAGUUCACUACAAUGUGAGAGCAGUCUCACACGACAAGACACAAAGUUUAAUCAGAUCCUGCCGAAAGCGUUUUUGCUUGCGUUGCAUCUUUACUCUCUCUCUCUCACUCUCUCCAAAAUUAAAAUUUCACUUCUGUAUUUCUUGUACGCUGACCCCAUCUCUUCUUUCACUGCCUUUGCCAGCAAUUGCAGCUUAUUUUGUUGCUUUCCUCCACUGGCUGAUGCACAAAUAAUGAGUGCAAGAGCUGGAAGGUUCCAGUGUUUAGGGUUUUCAGGAAAAGCAGUGUUGACGGAUUAGAUACGACACACUCUGUCCAAGGUCCGCAGCUCGUAACACAGGAUGUCAACAUCCUAGUUGCACUUUGAGCAGACAUGGUUUCUUUCAUUCUACAUGAGUUAAACAGCAUUUAACUCAUGUAAAUCUACAAAAGCCAAAGUUGUUCUCUACUGUCACAAUCGCAUGUAAAAGCUUUACUACACAUCUCUCAGCCGACUGCAAGUUUAUUUGAGUCGUUGCUUCUGCUUCAUGUAAAUGUUCAUCAGCUUGCUGAGCCAAAGCAGGGGCACAGCGAAGCCAAAGGCAGAUUGUACGUCCUCUGCAAUUCCACUGCUGGCGGUGCCUUACUCGAUUUCAUCCUGCGCUUCCUCAAAAGCUAACAGGAAACUCCACCUCCUUCCUGCGUUACACACAUUUUUUUGCCCCUUUUAGAAACUAGAGAUGCUGUUUGGACCUACUGUUAUGCCUCACUUCACACUCUGUCAAGAAACAAAAUGUGCAAUGAGAAAAAUAAAAAAAAAACACAAAGUUGUCUUUCAUUAUUCCUUUUCAUUUGUCUUUAAUUACUGAAGUCUGAGUCACGUUCCAGUGUUCGGGUGUUGCAAAAUUUCCUGUCCAACUGUUGCUCUGAAGAAACUGUCCUCAUUUGAAGAGACUGUCACGUUUUACGUUUGUCUUUUUUUGCUUUUCACAGCCAAUUUUUUCAAUCAGCUUCUAAUCUUGUUCACUCUUUGUACUUUUUGUCACAUCAUGUUUAAAAAUAUAUAUAUACAUAAAUAUAUAUACAUAUAUAUAUUCUAUUUGACCCGCCAGGUGCUUCUUGUCAUUAUAUUUUAUGUAUAGAAGUAUUUGCUAUAAAGUGUCAUUGAAAGCACAGCAUAAUUUGUUUGAUUUAUUAAACUGAUUUGUAUUCA